AACAAUCACCUCCUCGGCAACCAAUGUUGCCCCAAAAACGGAGAGGGUGGGCUGCAACGACCGCCAGUUGGAAGACACAUCCUCCUUCCAAUCAAGGGUACAGCGGUUGUGCAGCCCAUCUGGGUCCGGACCGCCCGCUCUCCGAGGCCCAGUCAACACCGUUCUUUUGACUUUCGCAAAUAUGCAUUUUCUGAGAGAAAAAUCAGGAAUAGCGAUCCCUAAAGAGUUGUUUCUCAACGAAGUGCCGACACUAAGACUGCUUCAUAGAAGUCAGUCGCCACGGCGGCAGGAUUUCACGCAAGUACGUGACAGGUUUCAGCCACAAGGCAAGCUUCAACCCGUGACAAUGGCCUCUCAAGCUGAGCUGGGUUCUGCCAUGCCGGCGCUUCGAGUCAACAGAUGUUCAUUAUAUACCAACCGAGGUCGAUGUUCAGAGGUGCUCAAACCUGUCUCCCCGGUCUCCGGGGAGGUUCUCGAAUCUAGAAGUUGUACACAAUCUGUGCGUGCCGUGAACAAAAGGUCGCAGUACCCUGCAGGCGUACGGUUCCUGCCGACACACGGGGUAUUAGUACAAUGUGCACCACGGACACCAGCGAAAUUCGACACAUUCCGAAUCGAGAACCGGUCUGGGCGCGGGGUAUGUGAGACCAAAGGCAUGUCCUGCAAAUCAAACUUCUUGGGGAAUGUGAGUGGCGCUUAUUGGGUGUACCCGUUUACCAAUGGCCAUCAAUUCAUAUACGUGGUGCGGUACAAAGUCGAACCGCUUCUCAUCCUUCGGUUCGAAAAGUUCAAGUUGACUUGAAGGUUUUGGAGCCUGGCCACUUUCGUCGAGACCAUGCUCCCUCCAAAAUCCGGCCGGUGUGACCCUUUCCCGCCACUUCAAUCAUGC